AUGGCGAGAACCCGUAGGCAGGUUACUCUCCAGGAACAAGAGUCUGGGGUACCUGCAUCACCUCCGCAAUCCCUACCCACCGCAACUCGUUCAAAUCGUACCAAACGCACAACCACUCGCAACAACACCACCGCCGCUCCCCCAGACCUCCCGCCCUCAACACGAGGCGGAUCAGUUCGAGGUGGUCGCAUCGGCAAAGCCAAGAAAAUAGCGCGAGGUCGUACACAACCCCUAGCCACGAACAGCCAUGAUGCACCAGAGUCUUCGGCUAUGGACGCGGACCCACCUGAAGCUUCCGAUAGCUCAACACAAGUAGAAGCCGCGGUACAAGCCAGCCCUACCACACGAAAAGUCUUCGAUGAUAACGAAAAAAUGGAGGAUACGGAGAGGCUAGACGUGGAACCCCCUGGUGAGACCCAAUUUCCUACAGGUGUUUCUGUACAUCCCGUGCAGGUUCAGGACAUGAAUGCACAUCCCGUGCAAGGAGCCACUACCCCACAAGAGCGCCGCGAAUCGGCCACAUCCCAAACAUUUAGGGACAUUCUGAACAGUAGUCCUCGAAGUCCUGGACGCAGCCCUGGGCCUCUCACCCCUAAUGCCGUUGCUCCAACCACUCCAUUAAAUCCUACGUCGGAGACCUCUUUUAGAGCUCCUACCCCAGCUGGGGUAGCUCCCGUUUCAUUGUCUCCUUCUCCCAAGCCCAUCCCACAGGCUCCCAAACCUGACUCUGAACCAACAAUCUACUAUCUACCUAGCAAUCCAGAACGUUCACAUAGUCUCAUUACCCUUCAUAUGGACCAUAUUCAGGGCACAAAGGACCCUGUUCGGCCCUCAAAGCCUGCGGCAUUUGUGGUGCCUUCUGAACUUGUUGCUCCUCUUUGUCGUUACAUCGAGUCACGAGCGAAUCCAGGUUCUGACUUGAGUAAACUUACGACAGAUCAUCCCAUUGUAAAGUCAUUCGUCCAAGGGGACGCAAGAUACCGGCCGCAACUUCCAUCGUGGCAAUCACAGCAGUCACUACCGCCUCCAGGCUUCACCAUGAGAGACGCCUUCAUGAGGAGGGCCCAACGCAAGAGAGGGUUUCGGGAAAUGGAGGAAGAAACGGCUACACUUCAGGCUGAGAACGCCAAAUUGAGGGCCAAGGCCGCCGAAGCAUCACGCUCAAGUACUCCGCAAACCACAAAGAAUGAGGCCUUCCAAUCACUUAAGUCGCCUCAAAAGCGUACCAAAAUCGUGCCCGACCCGUAUACCGCCGACGGUCAACUCUUACUAGGCAGGACCAAGGAAAUCGAAGUUGACGAAUAUGGAGUAGCAGUCAAUCCCACAGAUGACCCGACUUCGCGUUGGAGUGACAUCGAGGCGAGAAAGAGAGCCCAACUUGAGGAGGCUCGGCACAUCGCGGAUGUUGUCGAAUCGCCAUACGUUGCAGAAGAGAAUCCAGAUACCAACGGCCCUGCGUUAGGGGGACUAUUUGCAGAAUCGCAAGACCAAGUUCAACCGGAACAAGUGCCAGAGACACCACGUGCCCGGGGUUGGGGACUCUCAAGUUUCUUACCUUCUGCUCGUUCAGUCACCAAAUACAUUCCGUUUUCAUCCCGUCUUGCCCCCUCUGCCCCACAAACCCAACCAUCACAACCUCAGCACCUCGCGCAGACCGAGCCCCAGGUCAAUUUGGGUAGCUCCCAGACCCAACCUGCCCCUGACGUUCCAGAUUCUGUCGCUGACCCAGGCCGUCGUCGUCGUCAACCGACGUCAAACCAACAAAGGCUUCUCACUAAGGAGCAGUCGGAAGAGGAGAAGCGGAUCAAGAGGAUGAGAGCACAAUUAAGGAGAGAGGCAGAGUCUUUAGAGAAGCAGAAGAAGGAUUUAGAGAUUGCGAAGAAAGACCUGGCGGAGCAGCAGAAAUCCGCGGAUAUUGCCCAGACUCCUGGACAGAAGCGAAAGCGCAGGCCAUCUCCUGAUGUUAUCCCGCUUCCAGCCACUGGCGGCUUUGGCUUGGUUGAUGAGUAUUUCAUGGUCGACUCAUCGUCUGACGAAGAAGUUGCGGCGGCGCAAGAGACGCCAACUAAAGAACGUCCUUUCAAGAAAGCUCGAACCAGCGCACCUAAUGAUGCCAUUUUUGGUAAUCCUUUUAGAGCUCGGCCCUACACUGGCACAUUAUUUGCUCAUCCGGACGAGCUACGAUCUCGUCAAGACGACAAAUCUUUCAUUGAAUCUGAUGGGCCUGAUACGCACCCAGCGUUGGAUAGCACACCACCCCCUGGUCCCACGCUCAUAUUCAGAGUCCCUUCUCCAGGUAGUAGUGACAGUGAUGAUGACGAAGAUGACGAACAAGAGCAAAUCAACAAAACAACCCAAGAAGCAUCGUCAACAAGCGUACCUGAGAUUAGGAGUAUCCUACGCAACUCACCACUGCAACCACGUCCAACAACCAACUCCCCUCUACCUUCGAAAGCAAUGGCACCACCACCGCGUCCUGACUCAGGCCAUACAGCUAUGCCGGCAGCUGCCGCCAUGAAACAGUCAGGUGCUUUGGAGAAGGCUAGAGAGAAGGCUUUGAGGCAUCAACCGAAGCAGCCAAGCACGCUUCGAGAGUCAAGCCGAUUGUCUACUUCUACGGUGGACUCUGACCUUGGAGAUGAGGAAAACGUUGACGAGUACGAUCCUGCGCACCCUGCCGGUGUACCAACCCCCAGCAAGGUACCAGUCUUUGAACAGUCUAUUCCUCCUGCGGCACCAACUUUCGGGCAGGCGGUUAGCAGUCCUACAGCACCAACAGGACUUCCACAGUUUGUCACACAAGCUGCCAGCGAGCAACCGGGCGAGCAGCAAGCUGUGCCUAACACGAGUGGAAAGCAGGCAGAGACUAUGCACAAUAUUUCUGCAGCUGCUCGUACUGAUGAUGUACGAUCAAGUGGUCAACAAGCCGUUCCGGCGAAGAAACAAAGCGAGAUUAUGGAUGACGCUGAUCAAUUCAUUGCGAACUUGAAUCCGAAGAUCAAAGCUGAUAUGGAUCGUUAUUGGCAGGAGCACGGUGACGACUAUGUUUUAGAUGACGGAUACGAAGAGUUUGAAAAACAGAUGUUAGCGGAGGAGCAAGACUUGAUGGACGGUCCAAAUGGGUUCCCUUACACACAACCACAGAAUGUCAUCUCUGCAGCGUUGGACCGAAAUGGAGCAGACGGUUUGUCGGACAGGGGUAUACAGACUGAAAUUGAGGACAAUUGGCGACCUGGAGAUUUGGAGCGUACGCAGAGUGAUCCUGCGAAAGGGAUGAAGGUGUUCUUCAAUAGGCUGGUCAAGGAUGGAGGUAUCGAAAGAGAGUUAGCCGAUAGAGUGAUAGCGAUGGGAGUGCCUCCUGGGAUCACCGAAUACCUUGCAGGGCAAGAGGUGAUGGGACCGGUGCCUGCUUAA